CUCCAUGGUUACGCGGCGGUGGCUGCGAGCGCCCAACUGCUCUGACUGUCGCGGUGAGGGCCCCAGGACAGAAACAGACAGACACGGCUCCUGCUGUCGAUUCCGAUCCAGCCAGAAUGCCUCCAACUCAGGCCGAAAGUGUUAUAAGGAGUAUUAUACGAGAAAUAGGACAAGAAUGUGCAGCCCAUGGAGAGAUUGUUUCUGAAACUCUGAUUGCUUUUAUGGUGAAAGCUGUUGUCCUGGAUCCAAGUAAUGGCUUUAACAUGGAUAGAACCCUCAUGAAAAGUGAUGUGCAGAAUCUUGUUAAGCUUUGUAUGACUCGGCUAUUGGAUACUAAAAAUCCAUCCCUGGACACUAUUAAGAUGCAAGUCUACUUCGAUAUGAAUUAUACGAAUCGAGUGGAAUUUCUCGAAGAACAUCACCGGGUCCUAGAGUCUAGAUUAGGCUCUGUUACCCGAGAAAUUACAGAUAACAGAGCAUGUGCUAAAGAAGAGUUGGAAAGCCUCUACCGGAAGAUUAUCAGCUAUGUGUUACUCCGCUCUGGCCUUGGAUCCCCUACAGACAUCAAGACUGUCAGAGAGGUAACAGCUGCUCUACAGAGUGUUUUUCCUCAGGCAGAGCUUGGGACAUUUCUAACUCUUUCUAAGAAGGACAAAGAACGCCAGCUGAAAGAACUCACCAUGAUUGUUACUGGAAUUCGUUUAUUUAACAGAGACUGUGGAAAAGGAGGAGAAGGCAUUGAUGAUUUGCCAGCUGUUCUCCAUGUAGCAAUCCCAGCCACCAUGCAGCAUAUUGAUUACCAGCUUGAGACUGCCCGGAGCCAGGUAUACCGCUACACAGCCAUCCUUGAGAAGGCAGCCAACGACCCACUCAUGAGGGCUGAACUUCAGCCAUAUAUGUUAAAAGAAGCGCUAUAUAAUAUACGACAAUAUGAGGUCUUCCUUCAGAUCAUUUUGUCAGAUAUAAUUACUGGUGCUCAAGAAGUGGAAAUGAUGACAAAACAGUUAGGAGCCCAUCUGGAACAACUAAAAAUGACCAUAAAAUCAAAGAUAGCGGUCCCAACAUCACAAGUCUUUCCUAUCUUCAUUGCACUUUCUACUCUGUGGACCAGCUUGCAAGACGAAACUAUUGUGGUUGGUGUCCUCAGUAAUUUAUUCACUCACAUUCAGCCAUUCUUGGGUGCUCACGAACUAUACUUUCCUGAGAGAGUGAUGCAAUGUCAUCUUAGUGGAGCGACUGUGAAAACUGAUGUGUGUAGAAUGAAAGAACACAUGGAAGAUAGAGUAAAUGUGGCAGAUUUCAGAAAACUAGAAUGGCUUUUCCCAGAAACAACAGCAAAUUUUGAUAAACUGUUAAUUCAAUAUCGGGGAUUUUGUGCUUACACGUUUGCUGCAACAGAUGGUCUUCUCCUUCCAGGAAAUCCAGCAAUUGGAAUUUUAAAAUAUAAAGAAAAAUAUUACACAUUCAAUAGUAAAGAUGCUGCAUAUUCAUUUGCAGAAAAUCCUGAACAUUAUAUUGACAUAGUUAGAGAAAAGGCCAAAAAAAAUACAGAGUUAAUUCAGCUAUUGGAACUUCAUCAACAGUUUGAAACAUUUAUUCCAUAUUCUCAGAAAUUCUGGUGUGGGCACACUUGGUGAGAAGGCUUCAUGAAAUUUCAGGCGAAUAAGAGAAGCUUUUCAUUGAGCCAAAUCCGAUGUCAUCCCUAGCAAACUUCAACAGGGGAACCAGUGCUUUCAGCAAAAGUUGGUCCCAUAUGUCUUCCAAAUAAAAUGUCUCUUGGAGAUAAACAUGCUACUGUCACUGAGUACAUAAACUUCCUGAUUGUCAGUUUUUGUCACACUUACGAUGGAACAUUGCAGAUCCUUCCAAAAUAUGUCACCCUCAGAUCUUGGAGUGGUGAAAAGACUUCCAGAUUUUUGGUUUGCAUCGGGUUGCUGCCAGGAGGACCUCCAGCAGCUUCUAGGUCCCAUUGAAAAACUGUGCAACUUCCAUCAUCAUGAGACUAGAGAACAAUCAACAACUACAGCAAAUCAACUAAAUGAAAUACCUUUUUCUUUUUCUGCUGCUGCUGCAAAUUGUUCAGGAUGUGUUACAUUCUGGUUCCUUUUUUGCUAUAAUUUUAUAUUGAUAUUUUUUAAGGAUUAAAAACUCUUCCUGGCUUUUUCUUUCUUUCUUUUUUUGGUAAGUAAAAGUUGAAUUUGAGACAGGAAAUAGAGGCAGAUACAGUUCAGUCUCCUGUAGUCUGUUGUUUCACCAUUAGAGAGUAGAGUGAGCACUAGCUAAUGUUGCAGUACGUACUGUGGAGGACUGUAGAUGUCAUUAUACUCUUUACUUUUGUCUUAUCUUACUACAUUGACAAGCAACUCUAGUAUAGUAUCAAAUAGAGGUAGCGAAAUUAGGCAACUUUGUCUUCUUAUCCCCCCAAAUAAUAUUUCUGAUAUUUCAUAAUUGCAGUGUUCAUUGUAGUUUUUUGUGGAUUUUGUUUUAUUAGGUUAAGGGUUUCCUCUCUAAUCUCAUUUGCUGAGAGUUUUUUAUAUGAAUAGUUAUUGAAUUGUAUCAAAUACUAUUUCUGUGUCUUUUGAGAUGAUCGUUUGGCCUUUAUCCUUUAAUCUGCUAAUGUGGUGAAUUAUAUUAUUUCUAAGAUUAAGCCAACUUUGCAUUCCUGGGAUCAAUCCAACUUGGUAUAGUUUAUUUUAUUUAUUUAAAAAAUACAUUCUUGAAUUCAGCUUUUUAAUUUUUCUUUAGAAGUUUUACAUUUAUAUUCCUCAGUGCAAUUAACCUAUGCAUUUCCUUUCUUUUACUGUCCGUUGUUUUGAUGUGAAAGUUAUACAUGUCUUAUAAAUGAGUAUGAAUGUUUUAUAUUUUCUUUUCUCUGAAAGAAUUUAUGUAUAAUUGGAAUUAUCUGGUAAUGUAUGCUGAUAAAGCUCUCUGGGUUUCUUUGGUUGGAAACAUUAUAACUAUGCUAAAUUAAACUAUAAGUUUAA